CGGAGCUGACCUGGCAGAGGGGGACGUCAGCACCAUGAGCCGGCACGUGUCCCUCAAUCCCGGGGAAUAUUCCUACUUCAGCCCCCGCGUGCUCUCCAUGUGGGCCGGCCCCGAGCACUGGAGAUUCCGGCCCCGGCAGCCCCCAGCCCCAGACCUGCAGAGGGAUUCCCGGCAGAGGAUUCCCAGGAAGGUUUUCGAGCUGGAUUUCCAGAAGAACAUCGACUUCCAGGCCCAUUUCCAGAGGACCAAGGCAUCCACAACUUUGGCCAAAUCCACCCUGGAGAGCCAGAACAGCCGGAGCACCACGCUCCCUGCAGACUUCAACUACGAACCCGAGAGCCUGGGACAGCUCUUCCUCAAGCCCCACGUCCAGGUGAGAAUCCCCAAAAGAAUUCCAGGGAAUC